CAGUGAAUGAGCACCGGGAAGCAGUGGGAAAAAGCGCAUCCAGAAGAACUAAAGGAAAAACCAAACAUUCUGGUUUCUUAAACUCUCUAGGCCUGGGCUUCCUGAAGUCAGUUCACCUAGAGAAGAAGGAAAAUGGCAGAGUUGAAGUACAUAUCUGGAUUUGGAAAUGAAUGUGUCUCAGAGGACCCUCGCUGCCCUGGUGCCCUGCCAGAAGGACAGAAUAAUCCUCAAGUUUGCCCCUACAAUCUGUAUGCUGAGCAGCUCUCAGGAUCCGCAUUCACUUGUCCACGGAACACCAAUAAACGAAGCUGGCUGUAUAGAAUUCUACCUUCAGUUUCUCACAAGCCUUUUGAAUCCACUGAUGAAGGCCAUUUAACUCACAACUGGGAUGAAGUUGAUGCUGAUCCUAACCAGCUUAGAUGGAAACCAUUUGAGAUUCCAAAAACAUCACAUAAGAAAGUGGACUUUGUGAGCGGUCUGUACACCUUAUGUGGAGCUGGAGACAUCAAAUCUAACAAUGGGCUUGCCGUUCACAUCUUCCUCUGCAACACCUCCAUGGUGAACAGAUGUUUUUACAAUUCAGAUGGAGACUUCUUAAUUGUUCCCCAGAAAGGGAAACUUCUCAUUUACACCGAGUUUGGCAAGAUGCUGGUGCAGCCCAAUGAGAUCUGCGUCAUUCAGAGAGGAAUGCGAUUCAGCAUAGAUGUCUUCGAAGAGACCAGGGGCUAUAUCCUGGAAGUCUACGGUGUCCACUUUGAGUUGCCAGACUUGGGACCAAUUGGAGCCAAUGGCUUGGCCAAUCCUCGUGAUUUCUUGAUACCUGUCGCCUGGUAUGAAGAUCGUCAAGUGCCAGGUGGCUACACAGUAAUUAAUAAGUACCAGGGCAAGCUAUUUGCUUCCAAACAGGAUGUCUCCCCAUUCAAUGUUGUGGCCUGGCAUGGAAACUAUACUCCCUACAAGUACAACUUGGAGAAUUUCAUGGUUAUCAACGCGGUGGCCUUUGAUCACGCAGACCCUUCCAUUUUCACCGUGCUGACCGCCAAGUCUCUCCGCCCUGGAGUAGCCAUCGCUGAUUUUGUAAUUUUCCCACCUCGAUGGGGGGUUGCUGAUAAGACCUUCCGGCCUCCAUAUUACCACAGGAACUGCAUGAGUGAAUUCAUGGGACUCAUCAAAGGCCACUAUGAGGCAAAGGAAGGUGGGUUUUUGCCUGGUGGGGGCAGCUUGCACAGCGCAAUGACUCCCCAUGGGCCUGACAGCGACUGCUUUGAGAAGGCCAGCAAAGCCAAGCUGGAACCUGAGAGGAUUGCAGAUGGCACCAUGGCUUUUAUGUUUGAAUCUUCUUUAAGUAUGGCUGUCACCAAGUGGGGUCUCAAGACCUGCAAUUGUUUGGAUGAAAACUACUACAAGUGCUGGGAGCCUCUCAAGAGCCACUUCACCCCCAACUGCAAGAACCCAAUAGGAUCUAAAUGAGCCUAGAGCGUCACUACCCUAGCUAAUCGCAGAUUUGUGUGGUUUUCUUUAGAUUCUCCUGCUCCCUGACAGUACUGGGGUAGAGGGUAGGCAAAUGAGGGCUCACUUUUUCACAGUAACUCAGACAUUUGUAGAAAUGUACUUGGAAAUUUGUUUGGCUGUCAGUUUAAUUACUUAAUAAAGACUUACUGGUGUUCUGUGGAAAUGGUAAUUGAUUGUAAUCAGGUCUAAAUAAGGAAGACAGCAGGCAGGACUGGGGGUCCAUAAGAUUAAGUCAAGGCCAAGGUCUUUUCCCGUGUGCUUAAUGAUUGCCUUUAUUUUAGGAACAAAAGUACUGCAGACAUUUGUACUUUUGUUCAAAUCAGGCCAUGCCAUAAGGGAAAACAGGCCAUGGUGAGAACCAUUAGCUGAGCCUGAAGCCAAAGCCAUGCAGCCAGGAGUCAAUUUAGACAUAGAGAAGCACAGGUAUCUACAAAGCUCUAAAUGUCCAUUGUCAUACUAAAACAAGUGGGUAACUAACCCAGCAGACCACCUAAUCUUAGUAGGUAUGUAGCCAUCUGUAUAGUUGUAUCAGAAGACAGUUGACAAGAAGCCUAAUCACCCAAAAGAGAACAUAAUUCACUGAAGGUAACGAGUAGCCCAUAUUCUUUCUCUGAAAUUCCUGUGCUCGUAGGAGUCAAAUCAGAUCAAACAAGGACCAAUACUCACCUAACUACCACUUAUCAGUUACUUAGUAACUGCAUUGAGUCCUUACUAUGUGACAGCUGCUAAGCAAGACACUGGGGAUGGAUGAUUGAAAAAUAGUUGUCUCAACCCUCAGAAAACUCACAGUCUGAGGAUAAUUGGAUCAAAGAUUAAGACCCAAGUACAUGGCCACAGCAAAAUCAGGCAGCCUAACAGCUCUCUGUCAUUGGUGGGCAUCCCUCCCAGAGUAGUGCACUGCCCAAAAAUUUCAGUGAGUUUUUAAGGUCACUAAAAAAUAUAUGGAGUGAAAAUAUAGGAAAGUCAGAGCUGAAAAAAAUGAGAUAGUAUUUGCCACUACUUCAGUUCUGUAAUUCUAGAAUAUUUCCCCUACUUUGUCACCAUAGUAGCAGUUUUGAUAUUGUGCUACUAAACUUUUAUUCAACAAUAUAUAUAGUGAAAAUCCAUAAUGUGUAAGGGCCUAGGAAUUAAGAUUGGCAGAUAAAAUAAAGAAUGUCCAAUUAAGUUGGGAGUUUAGAUAAAUAGUGAAUUAUUUUAAUAUAAGCAGGUCUAGUGCAACAUACUCAUGCUAAAAAUAUUACUGUUCAUCUGAACAGAAUACCUAUGUAUUUUAUUUGCUAACCUGGCACUUAUAGGAAGCAUAUGGUAGUCAAAGAGAGAUAAGUCUUGCCCUCAUAGAAGUUACAUUCUAGAAAGAGAAACAGACUAAAUAAUUACAAAUUGUGAAGCAUGCUAUGAAGAAACCAAAUAAGAAAGGCCUUCAAUGAAGAAAUGACAUUUAGCCAGUACUGAAAGAUAGGAAGAAACAUGUCACUGGAAGAAUUGGGUUUGUCUGGGAUAAAGUGAGAGGUAGAAUGUUCCAAGAAAAAGCCUAUAGUUUCAAGGAACUAAGAGAAGUGGAUGCGUGGAGCCAAAGAGGUUACUGUAAGAGUCCAGACACAAAACUGCAUUGUCCUGUCCUAAAGAGGUGGAAACAGAGAUAGUAGAUAAAUUCUAGAGUAUUUUGGAUUUGACAUGAAAGAAAUUGUAGCAGAUUGAAUGAAAGAGUAGAGAACAGGAUUGGAAUGACUGCUCCAUUCUUGGCAGUGUAUCUCAUGGUCUCAAACAACAAGGUGAUAGAAUCUGUGUGGAUAACAGAAGUUGGUGAGCUUCCCCAAUGUCCCUUAAUGUCAAAAGUAUUUA